GGGGUAGCCUCAAAACAGACACCCCCACAUGAGUCUGAGCAUGAUUCAAGCUGGUUGGUACUGUCACCACCCUGUGGGGAGUACGUGGCAGGGCUUGGGGAAGGUUGGCAGGUGCGGUAUCCCAACUCCGAGACAGUUUCCGUCCGACUGCGGGAUGAGCCAAGGGUCGCGGGAAGCCGCAGCGUCGCUGGUGGAAGAUGGCUGCUAUCGCAAGACGUUGGGCAGUUCAGCGUUGAGUCAGCGAAGUUCAUCCAAGAGGAAGAAAGGGCGUCAGAGAGGGAAAGCCAGCUGCGACAGAAUCGGCAAGAAGAAGUCGCGAAAGAGUUGAAUGGCAGGGUGUACCGUGCCUUGCUUCGGAGACAAAAGUGCUUAGUCGUGCCGAGCAUACUUAUCACCAGCAUGUUUUUGGGUUCCAUGGUGUUCUGCGCUGUGAAGGCGUUUGAGACCACGCCAGACCAACUGCAAGCAGUGGGGCUCAGUGUCGCAGCACUUUUUCUGUGGUGGUGCUCUUGCGUAGGCUUCAAUGGCAUUUGGUUUGCUCUGCCAGAUGCUGGCGAACGCCAGGAUUUCGAGACCGCAGUCCAUUCAGCACUACAAGCUCUCCAGUGUGGUCUACGACAAGCAGGGCUGCGACUGGAAGCACGUAGCUACGUGGCUCGCUGGCAUUCCCGUCAUCGGUCUGGGCUGUGUGGUGGCUAUCACGGCGGCCUACGGCUUUGUGGCGGUGGUUGUGAUCCUAUGGGCUCCAGCAGCUGUGCUGCUGUGCCUGCUGCUUCGUGUGUUGCGUCAACGUCCGGCAAGAGGACACGGAGUGGGUCGUAAAGUGCACUGCCAGGGCAUAUGCUGCUUUGGAGUGCUUCUUCAUGUGGCCAUGGCGGAUCCUGCAGCACUGCUUCGGUACGAACCUGAAGUUCCUGCAAGCGCCGCAAAAGAGUCCCUGGAUGUGGCGGUGCUCAACACCCACCAGCACACAAUCGUCUUCGAGGGCAACGUGCUUCCGGGCCUCCACAGUCACGUCCUGGCCUGGGAAAUACGAGUCCGCUUGGGACACCGUGGUGGCGGGCGCUCGGCACGAGGAACUCAGCGCCGCUGUGGUGUUCCUCCCGAAAGGUUCGCGCCACUACGGGCAUCAUGACCAAAUCCCUGCAAAGGAGCUGCAAGACUUGGAGGGCUGUUGGUGCAAGCUUUUGUGAGAAGAAAAGCCAUGGGGAUGCAGGUGGUGGACGCGCUGAAUCGAGAAUGUAGAGAAGGCAGUCCAACAGGGUUGCACCCUGGUUGUUUUCUAUUUUAAUGGCACGAAGGGUCAAGGCAAGGUGAAGAGCUUCACCUCCGCCGGAGCCGAGCAUUUGCGUAGAGAGAGGAUUUUUAGUCGAAAGCCCGAGUUUGAGAAAUCAGCUGCCAUGCAGAAAGCCCUAGACGCUGGCCUUGAGAACCUCUCCAGAGCGAGAGGUCCAGAUUCAUCUUCUCGAUCUCGAUAUUCGUCCAUCGACUUUUGGCCUGGCUUCCCGAGCGCCACUUAGAGUCCGAAGGACUUGGAAAUCAGGCUGAAGUGGCCUGGCCUUUGAGAAAGGGUUAUCCCUACGAGGAGGUCUUUGAACGACUUGCCGCUUCGCAGGCGAUAGCUGCUCUUGCUAAAGGCCCUUGCGAACGGGCAAGCUGCAAUAGUCUUGUAGAAACAGGUGG